UCACUCUGGCCUUGGUGCUGGUGUGGUGCAGAGGUGCUGGGUAAUCUCUGUCUCCUUCUCCCCACGUACAGAUCAAAGUUCACACACUCCUACACACACACACACACACACACACACACACACACAUACGCAAAACAGAGGGGUCAUAUUUAGUAGUAAUACUUUGGUUAACAUACAUACAUACACUUAUAGACGUACAUAUUCCUGGUUUAUAGAUACGUACAUGUAAAGUGACAACACACACACACACACACACACACACACACACACACACACACACACACACACACACACACACACACAGGAAUAAUUGAAGCGAAAAGAAAAGAAGAAAAAUAGCAUCGAAAUGGAAGUGUUGCAGGCGUCAGCAGUGGUGGUGGGUGCGGGUGUGCACGGGAGCAGCGCCGCCCUACACCUGGCACGGGCGGGGCUGGACACCAUUUAUCUACCACAGUUCCCGCUACCACACUCCCGCGGCAGCAGUCAUGGCCAGACACGCAUCAUUCGCCUUGCUAACUACGCCAUCCCGCCUCUCACCCCCAUCAUGGCUGACUCCUUCGGCAUGUGGAAAAAGAUGGAGAGGGAAGCUGGCGUGACUCUGUUAAGGCCUCACCCGAUGCUGGCAGUGGGUGAGGACCAGAGCAUCAUGACCAAGCUAGCGACAUCUGUCAGGAAGGGAGGCAGCGAACCCAUCCUGUUGAGUGCCGGGGAUGUCAACCGCAAGUACGGCACGAACUUCCCCGCACACUGCCACGGCCUGAUUGACCCAAGUGCAGGUGUGCUAAUGGCGGACAAGUGUGUGCAGACUCUUCAGCGGCUAUUUCGCGAGGCAGGUGGACGUGUGGUUGACGAAUGGCCAGUGCAGGAAGUGGAGAUGAAGCCCCAUGGUGAGGUGGAGCUGAGGGGUCCUAAGGGAAGCGUAAGGACAGCCAGGAUCGUGAUGUGUCCUGGACCUUGGGCGGGACCUCUGCUGGCGAAGAUAGGAGUCCACUUGCCUCUUCAGGUGAGGCGGAUCUCAGUCUUCUAUUGGCGGAUCAAGGAAGAGGACACGCCCACCAUUUCUUUCGUUGAUACUCGAGAGUUCGAUGAUGGCCACAAUUACGGAGUCCCCCUUCUGGAGUACCCUGGAAUGAUGAAGUUAGUGCACCACACCGGCCCUGUCAUUGAAAGCCCCGAUGAGAGGGACAAGAUUGCAGCCUCGACACAGCAUCGCGAGAGUAUGAAGCAAUACGUGAAGGACAACUUUCCUACCCUUGAUCCUGAGCCGGUGGUGGAGGAAACUUGCCUUUACACGUGCACACCUGACCUGGAAUUCGUAGUGGAUCGUCACCCGCGCCACCCUAACGUCAUCUUCGCUUGUGGGUUUUCAGGUACAGGCUUUAAAAUUGCCCCUGCCAUUGGAGAGGACCUGUGCAACCUCGCCCUGGGUCGCCCUACUGUUCGCGACUUGUCUGUCUUCAGCGCCGACAGAUUUAAGGCCAAGAGCAAGAUGUAGCGGCGCCGUCAGGAAGCUGCUGCAGAAGGCGAUGUAGAAGGAUGCAUUGAUUCCUCUUGAUGUAAAACAAUAUACCUAUACUGGUGUUUUGCUGAGGUUUUAAGUCCAUAUUCACUUUAUUCUCUCAUCAUAACUAUUUUCAAGGGCACAAAGAUAUGAAUAGCAUGGUUUUUAAGUUUUUUUUAUGUCAAUUAUGUAGAAAACUUGUUAAUCUGCCUCCUUGAUAGUAAAAAUAUCCUUAAAAACU